AGGGUUCGAAGAUUCCAGUUGACGAAACCUGUAGACUAAUCUAGUCCCAGAUAGAUAGAUAGAUAAACACAUUUAUUCAAGAUGGAGAACACCAAAGAUGGGGAAACUGCAGGAAGGGGGGAUUUACUAAACGGGUGGGGGAAACUUAACGGUGUUACGGGAAACUAUACAGUUAACAACGGCAGCAUUAUGGGAGAUGGAAGGGUUUGGAAGCUUGUGUUAACUGGAGGACCUUGUGGUGGAAAAACUACUGCUCAGAAUCGUCUUGCGACAUUUUUUGAAUCGCUUGGUUGGGUGGUUUUCCGUGUCCCUGAGACUGCAACGGUUCUUCUCAGUGGUGGAGUAGAUUUUAAUAAACUAGAUGGAAGACAGGCAUUAUCGUUUCAAGAAAAUCUUCUGAAGACAAUGUUUCAAAUAGAGGAUACGUUCUUCGAGUUGGCUGACUCGUGUAAACGAAAUUGUCUGGUCAUCUGUGAUCGUGGUGCAAUGGACUGUUCAGCCUACUUACCAAGAUCUGAUUGGGUAAGAAUUCUGGAGAGAAAUAAAUUGGAUGAAGUCGAUAUUCGAGAUAACAGAUACGAUCAAGUUAUCCAUCUUGUGACAGCUGCAAGGGGUGCCCAGGAACAUUAUACUAGAUCUAACAAUAAAACCAGAUCUGAAGGACUGACCGAAGCUGAAAAUUGUGAUACAAAGGUUGGGGAGGCCUGGGUGGGUCAUCCUUACUAUGACGUCAUUGAUAAUUCUACUGAGUUUGAGACUAAGAUGAGACGGCUAACCAAGGCAGUGGCAUCGAAGCUGUCAAUCUUCGGAGCCGAGGAUUGGUUGAGACCUGACUCCAGGAAACUCAAGUUUCUGGUGACUGGAGAACUUAACCUGGAGCAGUUCCCCAGUUUCAGAGAUUUUAAGGUAAUUUUAUGGCGUGGUUCCUAG